AUGGAAGCGGGACGCAUGUCGCGACAGAGGCUAAGAGCUUUUGACAGUGAAGGCUGGCGUUUGCUCAAUGAUGGUAUCGACUUGCCCUUAUUCGCUUCUAGCUUCGAUGAACAGGAGGAGUCUCCAGAGCUACCCUCUCAAUGGAGUGAGAAACUUCGGGUUGUCAAACUUGUUGGCCAGGGUGGUUUUGGCAUGGUCUUUCAAUGCCAAGUCCUUUGCCAAAGUGGGGCGACGUAUGUGACAGUCAAGAUGAUACGCAAGAGGGAUCCCAGAACGAAUGCGCUCGUGAAGCAAGAGAUAGCUGUUCUCGAGCAGAUGAAUGGUGUCUCGGACUACUGCAUUUCGGCCACCGGUGCGCCGGCCUUUGUUGAGACAGAGGGAGCCUACUGGCUCAUGAUGCCCUACAUGAACAGCGGCGACCUGUUCGCGCUUGCGCAAGGAUGUAGACGCAGUGCUGGUUGCAGUCUCGAGUGCAAGGGUAAACAUCGCUGCUGGUCCGAGCUGGAAGGUUUCUCCAUGGCACGUAUACUGGCGUUGUUCCUGGAUGUGGUUAAGGGUGUGGAUGCGAUGCACGAGAAGGGCAUGCUCCACACAGAUCUGAAGCUGGAGAACGCCAUGCUGCACUGCCAGGACAAGAAGUGCUUCGCAGCGGUGAUUGAUCUUGGCUUGGCCUGCAACAUGUCCAAACCGGGAGACUGCGGUUGGUGCGGUACCCCUGGCUACAUGCCCCCCGAGGUUUGGCAGCAGGAUGUGAUCGGAAUGGCCCGUCCUUCGCGGGACGUAUGGGCCUUGGGAACCAUGCUCUACGAGCUCCUUUACAAGCGCCAACCUCCCUACAUGGGUGACAGAAAUGGCUCUUCCACCAUCCAUUACAACCCAGCAUAUGACAAGCACAUCCCCAUUCUCCAGAAGCAGAAGCGGAUAGACAAGCUCCUGGUCGAAAUGUUGUUGUCCUACCAGUAUCGCCCAACCAUCCCCGAAAUCAUCAAGGAGUUGCAGGACAUCAUCUCAACAGACUAUGCCGCAGAUGCGGAGGCUCAGUCCAUGGCAAAGCUCUCUCCCACCGACCUGGGGGCCGCUCUGCCUACUCCGCCAUGUUUAUACGAGACAUGGGGAACGGACAUCGGAGACUUGCCAUUCCAUCGUGAGCACUGUUCGGACACGCCGAAGCCAGCUGAGGGAUAUUUGCGCUGUGGCGCUUGCACAUCAUUCUCAUGCAACCCUUGCUGCAAGUGCCGCGUGCUCCGCCACAAGAAAGUUGUCAAGGAGUACUUCCGCAUGCAGGUUUGCCAGUGA